AUGGAGCCCAAUGUGCUGUCCGUGCUGCAGCAGCUCACGUCAAACCCGCAACUCGUCGGCCAGUUGCAGAACCUGCUGACAGUCUUGUCACACGGCGAGCAGGACGCCACCGCGGGGCGGGCGAUGGCGGCUAAAGCUGCAGCACCCACGCUGGGCGGAAUGCCGUCACCGGGGCUUGCCUCCGCUCCAUCGCCAGUGCCCGUGGCACAGCAGCAGCAGCAGCAGCAGGGCAUGAGUGCGGCCGCGUGGCGUGGAUCGGCGCAGACGGCAUCCACCACACGCUCUGUGCGACAUGGCGAGGCGAACAGCUCACAGCUCUCGCAUAGGACUGCCGAGACGGCAACGGGCGACGGUGUCUCGCUGCAGCGGUACGAGAAACUGGUGGGGCGCUGCCGUCAGCUUGAGGAGGAGCUGGAGCAGAAAACGCGUGCGGCCGCCGAUGCCUCGCAGCGUGUGGGUCAGCUGGAACGGGAGACGACGCGGCUGAUGCGACGCGUGGAGCAGUUAGUGGCUGCCGUGGAGGGGCAGAAGCAGAAGUUAGAUGAGACCGAGGCAAAGCACAGGCUUGAGCUUGCCGAGGCAGAGAACAGGCAUGAGUUAGAGCUGCGGGCGAAGCUGGCCGCACAUGAGGAGGCGCUGCGUCGACUGAUGGAGGCGCAGCGGCUGGUGGCAACCGCGACGCAGUACGAGCAGACGGUGAGGCACGCCGCUGCGGGGCGUCAGGCGUCUGCCAUCACCACCACCACCACCACCACCACCACGCCUGUGGGCAAGCGAGGCCCCAAGUCCCGCCCCGGCAGCUCCGCCAAGCAGCCGCUGCCGCAGGGCGAAGAAAGCGGCAACGAGCGGGAAACGGACGGGGACGAAAAGGCGGCGUUUCUUCCGCACGGCGGCGUGCCAGUGAAGCGGGAGCGGGAGCACGCAAACGUCUUCGCCCCCGCCACACGCCGCAAGAGGCAGACGCCCCGCACGCCGAGUCUGACGGCGGCCGAUCGCGUCGCCUCCACGGCGGCCACCAGCACCGCCAUCGCCACGUCGUACCCAAAGACCACGCCGCAGUCGGCAAAGGCGGAGCACGAUUCUCCGCAGCUGCACUCUGCGGCAGCCGCCGCCUUUGCGGAGGAUCACUAUUCGAGGAAGCCGCGUCAUCCGUCGAGCUCCACAGUGUCCCCCGGCCCCGCAACGAGUACCAUCACGGAGGCCAUGGCCCGUCACCACCACCAUCAACAGCAGCAGCAGCGCGAGAUCGUGCACAGUAGUGUGGAGUCUAGGUUCAUUACACAGUACGGCGCGGCUGUGCUACCACCCACCCCCUCACUGCCCUCGCCGCCGCCGCCGCCGGUGCCUGGCUCUGCAACAACGAGUCUCGGGGCACUGAACCGCACCCCGCAGCAGCGAGGGUUGCCAAACGGCCAAUUACAGCAGCAACGGCUGCGUAGUGGGCAGCGCAGCGGCACCUCCUCGGUAGUAGGUGGCCCGACUCGCUCACCUUCGCCGGUAAACCCAAAGCGUGGGGCAGAGCAGCCGCGCUGCUUCGUCGUAACCAGCCUUACAGAGGAGGAGCGUGCACGCGUCAAGGCGGCGGUUGCGGCGGUUGGGCAGCAUGGAAUUGUGGUGGAGAGCGAAUACGAGGAUCCGCCGCCGUUUACCGCGACGCACAUCGUCGUACGCGGGCCGCCGCGUAGCAUGAAGGCCUUGUGCGGUGUGGUGGGCUCAAAGUGGCUUGUGCAGCCGGAGUACAUUUAUGCCUCUCGCGAUGCUGGUUUUUGGCUUGACGAGUACGAAGAGGGCGGGCUCCGUUGCUUUCCGCCCCCGCUGAAGUGUCAACGCUUUCUGCUCACCAUGCCGGAGGGCAUCGUGAAGGAGAAGCUGGAGCAGGUGAUUGAGUACGGUGGGGGGGAGGUGGUGCGCCCGGCGCGUGAUGGGCGGUCGUACGACCAGGGCGUCAUCGUCAUCGCCUCCGGGGACGACCUGCUGCGCUUUGCCACCCGGAUAGAGUGA